AUGUCUCUCCCGCUCAGCACCAUCACCACCUUCCGCACCACCUUCAACCCAUUCGCGCACUCGGGCCGACCCUGUCGACUUUUCCUGACGCUGCUGCGCACCCCGGACACUACACCGGCCAGCAGCCCCAACCGCAUCGAUAUCAAAGUGAAGCAGUUGCCGCGCCACUCGACGCAGCCGCCGGAGAUGACAAUUGGGUUUAAGGGCGGCAAGGAGAUUACGCUGGAGGUCGGGAAACGCGGGUUGAAGAUUGGGGAUAUUGUCAAUGAAGUGUCACGCGUGGGCCGAGCGCUGGAGCGAGAAGCGAGCUUGAAGGGGUAG